CAGAGAACUCAAAAAGGGAAUCAAAAUCGGCGGCAGAAGAAUGAGAAAAGAAGAAACAGAGAAAGAAAUUCAAUUUUUUUUAAUUGAAAAAAGAAAAGGGGAAAGCCUCUCUUAGAAAUACUAAAAAGUAGGACCUUAUAAUUAAAAAUUAGAUUUUUUUUUAAUUUAAACACAUCGAUUUUCUUUCCUAAUAAAACUCUUUUUUUUUUUUUUUUAACUUUAUACUAUUAUUCUUAUAAAUAAAAAAUCUAAUCACUUCAUUAAAAAUGGCAAUUCACACCAAUUCCAUUAUCAAUAAAUCCCUUUUUACUCUUCUUCUUCUUCUUCUUCUUCUUCUUCUAUUGUAUAUCGCCGUUUUCGUCUCUCUUUUGGGGUUUCUUCUGAUUUGAUGAUAGCAUGAAUUCAUGGGGGUUGAAUUGUCUAGAAGUGGACAUCACAGUGGCAAACCCUCAAAGAAGAAGAGGGUUGGAUUUAGACUUGGAUCUUAACUAUCCUUUACCUCCUCAAAUGAGGGCACUCGACUUGUCACUUGGGUUAUCCAGUUAUAAUAAUAGUUCUCAACAAGUUCAAGUUCAAGCUCAAGUGCAUGGAUGGUCUCUGUCUCACCAUCAUCAAGUUACAAAUGCUGCUAGUGAGGUGCUUGAUGAUGAUGAAGUUGCUAUAAUUUCCCCAAGGACAUUUGCUCAAUCCAGGGAAAUUUCUGAAGGAAACCAUUCUCAUGGAAAGCGAGGUGUGCUUCGCGAAGCUACAGGGACUCCUAGGGGACGCUUGGCUGCAGCCAUUUUGUGCACCAACUGCAAAACAAGAAUGCCUGAUGACUGUCAACCUUGCUUGAAACCGGGAACAAGUAACAAGAAGGAAAGAAAUGUUUUCAUGACUCAACAGUCGCCCCAGUCUGUCUCUUCAGCUGAGGAUCCUAUCUUUAGUUGCGCAGUAUGCAUAGGCCCAUUAAUUGAACCAACAUCAACAAGGUGUGGCCACAUCUUCUGCAAGGAGUGUCUCCAAAGAUCACUAAAAUCAUCACAGAACAAAUGCCCAACCUGCAGGCAAAAAGUCGGAAAGAGAGGCAUCUUUAGGGUUUAUCUUCCUACCACCAAUUGACUGAAUUUGAGGGGAGUGAUAGCUAGUUUGGCUAAAAGCACUUGUGUUGCUUAGGUAUAUAGUGCCCUCAAUGAAUUCGCUGACAAUUAGUCUGGCUGACCGCUAAAAAUGUAGUUCCCUCUUUUAGGCAAGUCAUUCCUUUCUAUGGAUGAGAGGGAGACUUAGGUACCAGGAGAAAUUCUUUUGAUUUGAAAAAUAAAUUAUUGAUCAAAUGCCCCUGUUGGCUGAUUUUUAAGGAGUUGUACCCAAUUUUGAUUUAGUGAUAUUUUGUACAUAACGUCAUUGAUUCAUUAAUAUUACUAUAACAAUAGAACUGA